UCAAAGACUUGCCCCAGGGGUAAGCUGAGAGUGUCGAUGAUCUUGCGGGGUCCUUUAGACUCACACUUGUUGAUGUUGUAUGUGUGUAGGUGUGGUUAACGGUGACCAAGUAGCCGAUACUUGAUUCAUUCCAGCUUUGUUCAGUCCUGUUCAGUAGAGGUGAGCCACCAUUAGAUCAUGGCGGCCUCUUCUUCUUUAGUUGACUUAGUAGUAUUCUGAGCUACGUCUCGUACUUUUAUAUUCAGACUAGCAGUUCCAUGACUUAGACAUUUUUAUGGGGUUUAUGGGCAAGACUCAGUAUUUGUAUUUCGCUUCCGUACUUUUUAUUAUAUUAUGAGACUUUGCGUAUUUUUCAUUUUAUUCGUUAAUUUUCGCAUGAUUUGCUUAGAGGUUCGCCUUAUGGGUAGAAGCUCGUCAGGUGCCCGGUCAAGGCCUGAGUGUCAGAUUUGGGUCUUGACAACAGCUAGGGUUUUUCCUCUCUCUAUAUUCUUCUCGCCUCUCUUGCACAGUUUGUGUCUUGAAAAAUGUCGGAAAAUUGCUCCUCGUCGCAGUUGAAGUGCCAUUAUGGUUUGAUAGCUAGCCAUUUAACUUCAAAAACUCAUUCAAACCCUGGAAGUAAGUUCUUUAAGUGUCCUAAGCCAAAGAUUAAUUCUUGUGGUUAUUGGAAAUGGGAAGAUGAAGUAUUUUCGGAUACUCCAUUGACUGAAGUUAGAGAGUUAGUGGUUGCAUUGGAUGCUAUUAAGGUUGAAAUGGACAAUUUGAGAAAAGAAGUAACUAAAUUGGAGGCUAUAAGCCAGUCUCAAGUGAUUAAAGUGUCAACUUUGGAAGACAAAGCAAAAAAGAUGUGGAUGAUAAUUAUGGUUUCAUUGGCACUUUUCGUGGGUGUCAUUACUGCUCCAAGGAUGAAGUGAUUGCCCUAACGAGACUAGUAUUUAUGUUAUUGGUGUAACUUGAAAAAUGUUUUGGUGUAACAAUCUAAUUUAGAAUAAGAGAACCUUUCGUGCACCUUGGUUUAUAGUUGUUUUUCUGCAUGCCUUCUUUGGCUAGCUGAAUACCUUGAUUUUCUUGGUUAUUGUGAUUUUAUUUCGUUUACCGGUAGACUUGGAUUUUUAAUUGUAUUCCCUAAGUCAUCUAGUUGGAUUAGUAU